UCACAAUGGUAGAAUAUGAAGCUUUAAUGGAGGAAGUGUACGACGUGAUUAUUCUGUAUGACCGUUGAAAUUUAAUUUGCGCAAUAAUAUUUUUCCUUUUAUUUUAUCGAUAUAUUUAAUAAUAUGACGCGAACUUGUGCAAAACAAUGAUAGACAUUAUUUUUAUGUUAAAAAGUUUCUUGUGUAAGUACGAAGAAAAAUAAAUGUCUCUGUGUGUUUCCGCGCUUCGCCACUUUAAUGGUUAGGAUCUGAAGGCAUCCAUUAUUCUUCUUUGAUCUGGCAUCAAAACGCGAUCGCAAAAGCACUGCCAUAAUUUAAGUUAAAGUACACUAUGUCUUAUCCUGGACAACCACCCAUGGGGAUACCAGGCAUGCCUCCCAUGCCAUAUAUGGUUGGUGCUCCACCACCAAUUAUUGGGGGUGUAAUGUCUAUGGCUCAUAUGAUUCCAACACCCGUAUCUGCGAUGCAGACCUCAGCACCAGCCGUACGUUAUGCACGCAAUCAAAAUCGGCACGAUAACAAUCGCCGUCGUGAGAGAGAAUCUGGACCACCAGUAACAGUCUUUAUUGGCAAUAUAAUGGACAGAGCACCUGAUGUAAUGAUUCGACAUAUUUUGGGAGCAUGUGGCCAUGUUCUUUCAUGGAAAAGGGUACAAGCUUUUGGAUUUUGUGAAUAUGCCGGUCCAGAUGCAGGAUUAAGAGCAGUAAGAUUGUUACAUGAUAUGGAAAUAGGGACAAAGAAACUUGUUGUUAAAGUGGAUGCUAAAGCUAAAGUGGUACUGGAUCAAUUUAAAGCAGAGAGACGGAAGAAACUUAGAGGAGGUCAGUCACCUUUACAAGAUGAAACAUCAACUGAAGGUACAGAGGGAGAGGAAGGCGAAGAUUACAUGGACGAAGGAAUGAGAGUGGUAGAUGCAGAUGCGUUAGCACGUAUUAAUCAAAUUAUUGCUGAACAUGCUGCAGAUUUAGAAAUGGCCCAAGUUGCGCCAGAAGAACAUCAAACCAAAAUGGUCGCCAAGUCUUUAAAUUUGGAUGAUGCAGAAAUUGAAGAGAGUAAAAGAGACUUGAUAACUCGAGAAAUCGGCAAAUUCCGGGAAGUAAUGAAGAAGCAGGAAGAGGAGAAGGCCCAAGUAAAACGUAAAAAAGAAGCUGUCGAAAAGGAGGAACGAGAGAAACGUGAAAAGGAACGGAGAGAUAGGCGAGAAGAGGAUGGAGCUAGCAAAGAUGAUCAGGAAGGCGAGCCUGGUAGUAGCCCUACGUCUCACAAAGGACGAAGUAGUAGUACAGGUAGCAGUAGAAGAGAUAAGCGUCGUUCUAAAUCCAGAUCAAAAGAACGCGAGAGAGAUCGGCAAAGGAGCGAGAGGGAUCGUGAUAGGGAUAGAGAUCGCGAGAGAGAUCGCGAGAGGGAUCGAGAGAGGGAUCGUGACCGUGAGAGAGAACGAGAGAGAGAAAGGGAAAGGGAUAGGGAGAGGGAGAGAGACAGGGAAAGGGAGAGAGAAAGGGAAAGAGAGGAGGCACGAAAAACUGAGAGAGAAAUAAUGAGAGAAAGGGAGGAAGAGGAGGAGGCCAAGGAGAGGAAAAAAAAUGAGAGGAGAGCUAGGGAAAAGGAGGCGGCUUAUCAGGAACGUUUACGAGCAUGGGAAACUCGGGAACGUCGUAAACAAAAGGAAUACGAAAAGGAAACCGAAAAACGUAGGGCGAAACGAGAGGCGAGAGAACGAGAGGCAAAAAGAUUAAAGGAAUUUUUGGAGGAUUAUGAUGAUGAUCGCGAUGACGCUAAAUAUUACAAGGGUAAGGAAUUGUCUCGACGUUUGGAGGAACGUGCUUUAGAGGCCGAAGCUGAUUCGAGAGAUCGUUGUGCCGAAAGACAGGAGCUACAAAGAUUACGUGACAAACUUUAUGCCGAUGCCUCGCAUCCUGAUCCUGCUGCUGAAUUCGAAAGGCUAAAAGCAGAAAGAGAAGAACAAUAUAAGCCUAAACCAGUGAUUACUAUUAUCGACGAGGAGGAUGAAAAGGUUGUGAAGAAAGAGAAAGAAGUGGUAAUGCCACCCAUCGAAACCGAGCCAAUUGAAAGUGAUAGCGACGAUGGUGUUCAAUUCGAUGAUGCAUCUCAACCGGAGGUACCAUCGAGAACACCACCUCGUCAUCAUCAUCAUCAUCGUAGGCAUCAUCGUCAUCAUCAAAAUCAUCAUCGUGAUGGCGCCGAAGAAAAUGAGGAAGUUGUCGUCGAAACCGAUCAUGAAAAUCAAAAGGAUAUUAGAUCUUCGCCGAUGCAUCAAUCGGUUGGUACACCGGCCCAGUCGAUUCCGCCCUCUUUGGACGAGGAUUCGCGUAUGUCUCUUGUCAGUGAACCGGAAAAAACAAGCGGCAGUAAUUUUGUUCCUUUUGCGAUGGGAAGCGGUGGCACACGGGGAGAACAUGCAGUUGGUAAUAAAACUCCUGCAAGUCCUGGUACGGCCGUCAGUACGAAUUCUCAGCAAGCUAAUCAGACUAGAAAAAAAGGUCGCAUCGAUGUGAAGGAUGUUUUUAAUAAUGACGAUGACGAUGAUGGUACUAAUAAUGCGAAGAAACGGAAAUUAGUUCCUCUAGAUUAUGGCGAUGAGAAAAAGAAAAAGGCAAACGAGGAGACUCCGAAGCCUGGUAAAGAAGAAAGUACAAAGAGCCAAGAAGAAAAACGAAAACAUAUAAAGUCUCUCAUUGAUAAAAUUCCUACUGAUAAGAACGCACUGUUCGGAUAUCAGCUUGAUUGGGCUGUAAUAGAUAAUACAUUAAUGGAAAAAAGAAUAAGACCUUGGAUUAAUAAAAAAAUCAUUGAAUACAUUGGGGAACCGGAACCGACUUUGGUCGAUUUUAUAUGCAGCAAAGUUAUGGCUGGUAGUUCUCCGCAAGGUAUACUCGAUGAUGUACAAAUGGUAUUAGACGAAGAGGCCGAAGUGUUUGUAGUUAAAAUGUGGAGGUUAUUAAUUUACGAAGUGGAAGCGAAAAAGAUGGGUUUAGUUAAAUAAAUGUUGUAACAUCUACAACGUUAAUCGAUUUACAAUUUAUAUUAUACAUACAAAUACCUUUGGUUACAAUAUAAUCCGUAGAGGCAGCGAAUCCCACGCACGUUAAUAAUGUAUCAUUUGUAGGAAUCUACGCUAGAACAAGAAAAAUAUGACGUAUUGCUUAAUUAAAUAGGCAAGAUCUACGUGUGUAGCAGUUAUAAUGUUAAAUACAACUUGUAAUUACGAUUUGUAAAUUUUGAGUUCUCUUCAAGUUUGCUUCGUCAAUCGAUCAUCGAUAAUGGAAAGAUAUAUAUAUCUUUUAUAAAUUUUUAAAAUACGUACAUACAUAUAUGAAAAGGAAUUAAUCGUAUAUGUCAAAUUAAAUGUGUAUGUCUAUUGAGUAAAAGUUCGUUUGAACUGAAUGAACGACGAAAGUGAAUCGUGAGUGUAAUAAUAACAAUAAUAAUAAUAAUAAUAAUAAUAAUAGUAAUAAUAAUAAUAUUUACGUACUAAUUUAAUCAGUGACACAUGCGUAUAUGUUUACACAGAAAUUUUUUUUCCUCGUCGAUACACUAUAUUCCAUGUGUCUAUUACUCUAUUAACGUGCGUAAAUAAUACAUAUGUAUAAUAAUUCAUGAAUGAAAUUUUCCAUCUAUGAAGAAGCGAUAUUGAUCAAGAAAAUCGUUCACUUAUAUCGCACAACUACUACAUACGUAAUAUAAGAAAUUAAAAACUAAUGAUCGGAGGUUGGUUGGUCGUCGUCCAAAAAUAAUUUUUAUCCACGUACAAGUUCGUCAAAUGUAAAUAAAAGAAAGGAAGCUCGAAUAAAAUCAAUUUUACAUUA